AUGGACCACUAUGGUGGGACUGCCCAGGAAGCUUAUUACAAGUGCAGCUUCCUGAGCCCUACUCCACAUCUAGAUAAGCUUUCUGAGGGUUGGCUCAAGAAUCCAGCAGCAGCGGCUCCCGUUUCUCCUCCUACACCUGGUCACUACCAUGUCCUCUACCGAGGGUGUGGAGAAACGCAGUUGGGCUGGCAUGGGGAGACAUACUGCCGGGUUGGUGGCUACCGGGCCUACGGGGAUGUUUCUUUGGCCACGCCAGUAAAGGUGGAAGCAGAGAAGCCAGUCCCCAGACGUGCUCCCAAGAGAAAGCACGCUCUGGAAGAGUUGGACGAAGACCUGGGUUGCCCCAGACCCAAAAUCCGGCGAUUGCAGCAUCCAAGCAGUUUAGGAAUACAAGGUGCAUUGAUUCUCAAGCAGGGUGGCCCCACCUCUGGGCACAUCCCCUCUACAACAGCCCCAUUCUUUGCAGCAGCAGCGGCUCCCGUUUCUCCUCCUACACCUGGUCACUACCAUGUCCUCUACCGAGGGUGUGGAGAAACGCAGUUGGGCUGGCAUGGGGAGACAUACUGCCGGGUUGGUGGCUACCGGGCCUACGGGGAUGUUUCUUUGGCCACGCCAGUAAAGGUGGAAGCAGAGAAGCCAGUCCCCAGACGUGCUCCCAAGAGAAAGCACGCUCUGGAAGAGUUGGACGAAGACCUGGGUUGCCCCAGACCCAAAAUCCGGCGAUUGCAGCAUCCAAGCAGUUUAGGAAUACAAGGUGCAUUGAUUCUCAAGCAGGGUGGCCCCACCUCUGGGCACAUCCCCUCUACAACAGCCCCAGUAAACGAAUGUCCCAUCUUUGCUUUUUCAAGGUCGGCAACAGGGCGGGGCUACUCUUCGUUGCGGUGUGCGGGCUUCUCAUUGCAGUGGCUUCUCUUGUUGCGGAGCACGGGCUCGAGGCGUGUGAGCUUCAGUAGUUGUGGCUCGUGGGCUCUAGAGCGCAGGCUCAGUAGUUGUGACGCAUGGGCUUAGCUGCUCCACAGCAUGUGGGAUCUUCCCAGACCAGGGCUCGAACCCGUGUCCCCUGCCUUG